AAGGUAAAGAAUGAAGAAAGGAUAUGGAAAGCACGCAUCAGAUACGCACCCAAUGAGUGUAACUUUCACAAGUAGAACCCGAGAUCCUGAUAGAUGGCAUUGGCAACUAACAUCAAAUCAUCCAGAAGCCAGUAGCGACUAUCGCAGACACCUCUACCAGACGACCUCUCUCAAGAUCAACAACAUUCUCAAAGAUCUGCUCACCAGACUUCAUGAGAGUACUCUACAGACUGUCCUCCUAAGCGGUAGCCCCAAGAAUGCAUCUACUUCUCCACUCAAGCUAUCAGUACCAGCAAAAUACGAGCAUCUAGCUUUGCAGCUCCACCAGCCCACCUCGCAGUUCACUCUUAGACUGCGCCGUACCGAUAAGGAAGCGAUUCAGGAUUUGCUUUUUACUACUACUACUACUACUACUACUACUACUACUACUACUACCGAGCAACAUCAACGACUAAAUGGUUCAGUGGCAUUGCUGUUAGCCCCCUCUUCUUCUUCCUCGCCAUCAAAACCUACUGAUGCAGAGCCUGCCCUCUUCGUACCCGAACAGGGAACUUCUCCCCUCUCCAAGAAAAAUAGGCGUCUCGCCAAGAAGCGUGCUGCGUUCGUUGAAGACGGAGCGUCACAAGCUCAGGAUAAAUACGGCGCCAGCUGCCCGGCUUCAUUUCCGCAUGUCCUGUACCAACCGUCGCGAUUCGGCUUUGACGCCACGCUCCAUGUCCCGCACGAGGUUGAGGAAAUGGGCGACAAGCAAAUUGGUGAGUUUGUUGUGAUGGAAAAGGAGCGACGUGCGUUUUGGAAGAAGAAGACGGCUCAGCUUGCGAGUGGGUUGCGAGAUGAGUGAGUUGGAAGGAAGGACGGUCACAGCGCUAAGAAACGGGU